AUGAGAUCAUUAUUUAAAACUGCACUUCUUUGCACAAUAUUGUUUGGAUAUUGUUACGCUAAAAGUUUUCUUUUACCAGUUAAUGCAAGUAAUGAAACUAAAUGGCAGAAUAAUCUUGCAGUAUAUUGGGGACAAAAUUCAAUAGAAUUGGAUCAUGACGAUGGUAAACAUGUUGAAUAUACCAGACUCAUUGAUAUUUGUGACGAUCCUAAUGUUGAUAUUGUUAUCAUCUCAUUUGUGGAUGAGUUUUUAACAGUAGAAAAUUCUUUCCAAAUCCAUAAUGAUGAUGUGAAUCACAAUAACAAUAUUGCCAUCAAUGCUAUUUCAAUUCUUAGAAAUGGGUUUUCCGAUGAUUUUGAUUAUUCUCCUCAAACGUUCGGGGAAGAAAUAGAAGAGUGCAAAUUGAACGAGAAAAUUGUUUUGUUAUCUUUUGGUGGUGAUACGGGAUCAUAUGGGUUUGACUCUGAAGAACAUGCCAUUGAGUUUGCUGAUGUUUUGUAUCAAUGGUUUGGAAAUCAUUCUGAAGUCAAUAUGAGCAAGAAGCCUUUUCGGAACGCUGCAAUAAAUGGAAUAGACUUGGAUAUUGAGAAUUCACAGUAUAAUAAUGUUUAUUACAUUGGGUUCAUUAAGAGGAUACGUGAAAAUUUUGGCCCAGAAUUUUUGAUUGCUGGGGCACCUCAAUGCUUGUAUCCUGAUGAAAAUAUGGAUGUAUUGCUCACCAGUGAGGAGAUUUACUUUGACAUAUUGUUUAUUCAAUUUUAUAAUAAUGGUUACGAUUGUAAUGCUAAUACAAAUAAUUUCAAUUGGAAUACCUGGGUUGAUUAUGCCGCAAAUCACCAGCCUAACAAACAGCUCAAACUAUUCAUGGGGUUGCCUGCGAGUGAUGGAGAGAUUGCUGCAGAAAAUGGAUACAUUGAUGACAAGGCACUUUUAAAAGAUAAGAUCAAUUUUGUUGAAGAGAAUGGAGGAGACAAAUGGUUUGGAGGUAUUUCGCUUUGGGAAGCUUCUUUGGGAUAUAAUAAUUAUGACUUUGGGGGGAAUUAUAUCGAAGAAGUUAAGAAGGAGUUAUUGCCUACUAGUGGUGAUGUUAGUUUAGGAAAGGAUAAUACCGGAGAGCAAAAUGAAAGUGAUGAUGACAUUGUUCACAAUCCCAGGGAUCAAACUGACGAUAAACUCACAUCAUCAUCGUCAUUGACCAAGAAGAAUAAUAAUAAUAAUUUUCUUUUCAUCUUUUUAGCAUCAUUUUUAAUUCAUGAAUCUUGUUAG